GUACGGGAGCCGAGUGGGGACCGGCUGGUUACGCAGCGGCCGUGGGUCUCCACCCGAGAGUAUGGCGGCUAGGAUUGCAUUGGAGAGCGAGGGAGAGACGGAGACAUGGCAGAGAUGGUGAUGGUGAAACAAAGAGACGCAAGUUGUGUUCGGAAGUGUCGAGGUAGUUUGAGUUGGAGCUGUUUUUCCGAGGCGGCCUUCGGAUUGUCAGAUUGCGCCUGCAGUUCAUACUAGGGGCUAACCCAGCGUUUUCCAGUGUCCUCGAUGGAGCAAGUUUGUUUUUUUCUGAUGCAUAGACAGGGGUGAGCUAAGGCAGAUGAAAACCUCAACCAUCGGCUGAUCUUUUCUUCCUCUGUGUGCACAUUUGGGACACUUGCAGUCCUUUGGAUGUCCGUCUAGCUGUCAGUGUCUGGCCUGCAUGGGGGAAUUUCUACAAUGAAAUCCAUCUUGGGGCACCGAGUCUUUGUGCUCUGCCAUAGCUGAGCAAAAAAGCGGCCAGCAAGACUCUGUAUUAUUGACAAACCGCUCAAAAUGGGACACGAAUGGUGAAUGUGAUACGUGCGGGAACGUUUUGAGUUCAUUUCAAUGACGCGCGGAGAUUUGAUACCUUAACGACUUGAUUUAAAAAUCCACAAUGCGCGAGUAUAAAGUGGUGGUCCUGGGCAGCGGUGGGGUCGGGAAAUCCGCUCUCACUGUGCAGUUUGUUACCGGGACGUUCAUUGAGAAGUACGAUCCAACCAUAGAGGAUUUUUACCGAAAGGAGAUCGAAGUGGACUCCUCGCCUUCGGUCCUGGAGAUCCUUGACACCGCCGGCACCGAGCAGUUCGCCUCCAUGCGGGACCUGUACAUCAAAAACGGCCAAGGAUUCAUACUGGUCUACAGCCUUGUCAACCAGCAAAGCUUCCAGGACAUAAAGCCGAUGAGGGAUCAGAUCAUAAGAGUGAAAAGGUACGAGAAGGUCCCUGUGAUCCUGGUCGGGAACAAGGUGGACCUGGAAAGCGAGAGGGAGGUUUCAUCCAGCGAAGGUCAGGCCCUGGCAGAGGAGUGGGGCUGCCCUUUUAUGGAGACUUCAGCCAAGAGCAAAACCAUGGUAGAUGAACUGUUCGCUGAGAUAGUUCGGCAGAUGGACUACGCCGCCCAGCCAGACAAGGAUGACCCCUGCUGCUCCUCUUGUAAUAUACAAUAGCCCCAGGGCCUCCAGGAACAGGCCGGGCAAAAAACAAAGUCCACUUAGAGGAGGUUACUUGGACUCGCAGCAGAGAGAUACACUCUUAGACACGCACACACACAUGCACAUGCCAAUUAAAUGGAAGAUAAAUUCAUGGUUGAACGCGAUGGAUUUUAACUCUAUGGAGCAUAAAAUCUGCAGUGACACAAUGAUUAAUGACAUGUGAGUAAUGAAUACGUUUUGAAUGAGAAAUGCCAGGAAUUUGCCGCAACAGAAAUUGACAAAACGACGAAAAGGAACGUGCCCUCGCCUUAUGUUACUCUCUUUUGUUGCUUCGUUUUAUGUUCUUUUUUAAGUUGUGGGGAAAAACCUGGAGUAGUCAUCAGCGAGAAAUCACAAAUCAGGAUCUUUACUGCUUAGGUUGUUCUUCGGUCUAACAAGGUAAUCAUGUUCUUACAAAAUGCUUUUUUUUUUCUGGUUUUUGUUAUUAUUCCAGGUUCAACACAGAGCAUCCAGAUGCAUAUGAAACCAUGACUCAGUUGCAGUAGCUAUUCUACACAAACCCAAGAGCAGUUUUUUGGGGGAUGUUUUUUUUUUUUUUUUUUUUUUUUUUAAACUGAUGAGUAUUUAUGUAGAUGCUUUUUCGCAGCUUAUGUGAAGUGGUUGUUGGGAGGUUUUUUCUACUCAUCACAGGGCUGAACCAAAAAGGUGACCUGAAAGCACCUUCAUUUGUUGUUUGUUUUUCAGUUUAAUGGAAUGGGGAGAAAAUGGUGGAUAAGUCAGUGUCUUUCUUGAAACAUUGGUGCAGUCAUCUUCCUAUUUUCUCACUUUGAGAUAUAAUAGCAAACAUAGCGGAGUCUUUCACAUACCGUGUGAUGUUUCGUUUUCCUUUGUGGAAGACUCUGACAGCCGAUUGCUGCGUAGUAAUAUAACUAACUGCUUCAUCCUGAUGGUACAAAAAGUUCAUCUUUCAGUGUUUGAAUAUCUCUACCAACCAUGUCUCUGUUCGUUUCAGGAAUAGGAGACAUAAAGUGAAGAUGCCAACAUUUGUCAAAUUUUUUUUUGUUUGUUUGUUUGUUUCUUCUCCGGUAUCAGCAUCAAAUGGGGUGCGCAAGAGUUUUGAAGUCCUGAUCCCAUUCUGUAUGUGCUCAGAGUAUUCAAAUCCAUAGUAACAAAUAGAAACGACGAUGGCAAUGAUAAUAAGAAUAAUUAAUGGUAGUGUAAAUAUUUUGUAUCGAAAAGUGCCAGCUCCUACGAAGACACUGACUCAACACGUGGAUUUGUCAACUGUAUGCAUGGCUAGUAAACAAAAAAGGACUUUUAUUGUUUGAGAUUAAUAUAGGCUGUGGAAAUGUGCAAAGCAAAACACAUACACGUCUGGAUUUGGACACUGUUUCAACUGUACAUCUAUGUUGCCACGGGAACCAGACUUUUCCCGUGUAACCAUUUUCAUUGUUGAUUUUAUAUUUUUUUAUGUGACCAUUUACUCUUUAUUCCCUCUCUGGAUGGUGACACUGUUACAUUUGACACCUAAACAAUAAAAGUGCGUUCAACACUGGA